AUAAAUGAUGAGAGCGUUUUCAUUUUUGGGUGAACUGUCCCUUUAAGAGUCUAAAUGGCUCCUCUGUGUUUUAUGGUUUUUGUCAACAUAAACUUGUUGGUUACACCACCUGUCUUGGGUGUUUGGCUUUAUAACUUCCAUUCAUAUGAACAUUAGAGUGUGAAAGAUGUUAACGGUAUCUUUCUGUCCAGCUGUGUCAUCAGGUGCUGUCGAGGGGGCGUUCAACUCCACACGCUGUUGUGAAGCUCUCGUACCAGCUGUUAAUGAGGAGAAAGCAAUGAAACAUCAGAAGAAGGCUGAAUUAACACAACAGCAGCGGAGAAAUGCCGCCACACAUGAACGCAAAAUGAAUCCGAAGCAGGAACAUUCAAGAAGUGUUAGACAAAGAGCUCAAAGCCGCCGUCCACACAAGAGCAUCAGGGCAAUCCAUCCAUCCAUCUACUUAAACACACACUCUCACAGACAGCUCAGGAGAGCAAAGAGGAUCUGGAAGAUGUCCAACGUCAGAUGCUCAGACUUCAUCCCGUCCUUCAAAGAUCAGCUCAAACGAGUGCAGAUGCACCGGAUGAACUCUGAAGGUGCUCCGAAGUCCAUCUCUCGCUCGGUCAGAGACCUGCAGCUGUGCAGCUCCGGAACAGACUCGUCCCCAUCGCCCAUCAACACCCCGUUAAACUCACACAACACCCGGCAGCAACGGUCUGUCCGCUCUUACCACACCCGUCGCUACAGGAAACAGUUAGAUUGGUACCAGACGCUAUCCAGAGACAAGAGACUAAAAGGACAUAUUGAUAAAUUACACACACUGUAUGUGGAGGGUAAACAUUCACCUGCAGCGCCCUCUUCUGUCAAAGACACCUCCGGAUAUCAGGGCGAUCUUGAUUUGAGACGUAAUAAAAAUGAAAGACCAAGAAAUUCGCCCUCAACCCAAAGUCCUCCAGAGAUCAGAACACCAUCGAGAAAAAGGAGUCGCAGGUCGUGGCGUCGCCAGCUGGACAGCAGCAGCUCCGAUUCUUCUGCGAGCAGCUUGAACGCCACGCCAAUAAUCGCCAAACCAGUGAACGCAAGACUCCUUAACCUCGCGACCUCGCCGUACGUCACAUCCUCCGCAAACAAAGCAAAGAUCUCUCCGUCCACAGACAAACAGCGCCAAACUAAAAGAGUGUCAUUCUCUGUUGCUGGUGAACAUUCUCAGACAUCAAAUCGUUCAUGGACUGAGUUUAGCUGCCUUGAAAUGAGCCAAAAAUCUUCUUCACCUGUGAAGUUCCUCACAGGACCUGGACCCACAUCAACCGUCCCGUCCCCUGAGGUCACUAACAGGACAUCGAGUGGGAAAUCGACUCCUAAAAAGUCCCAAAGUUCACAGAAAACUCCAAAAUGCAUAAAGGAGAAGACACGAGAAGAUUCUCCCCGUGGCCCAAAAUCACAUCCAAAACGUCCGUCUGAAAAGUCUCAGAACACAUCAGAGCUGUCGGACGCUUUAGUUUCACGGCUGGUUGUUCCCUCAGACGGCGAAUGCUCCACGAAUCCUCACGAGAGGAGAGGAGAUCUGAAACGUUGCGAAGAGACCGCAGACAGCAGACGGCACAAGACAUCUCACACGGGGAGCGUUCGUCUCCAGAGACCUUCAUCCGAAACGAAACGCACCUCUUUCAAACACCCAAAGUCCGCGAGCGUUCCAAACGCGUCCAGGUCAAGCCAAGCGCACGUUUGUCUUCAGGACAAUGCAGCACCUCUCAGAAAGCCAGACACGCCCAGGCCGAAGUCGUCGUCUGCACAUCUGAAGUGGAGGAAUGUUCUGGAGACAGGAUGGGCAGGUGAUGCGGGAUUGACACAGAGGCAACAUCAGCUGACUGAAGAACUGAGCAACAGGACUGAAGACUCGUUCAUAUGCAACUGAACCAACAUAUGUGGAUGGAUGGAGAGAAGAGGAGAAAUCACUUCAUGACAUCACAACCAGAUGAUAAUUUCCAUCAUAUUUAUACAGUUUUUAUGUCAUUGUAAAACGCUCGGUUGUAUUUAUAUGAAUGAGCACAUGGUGGCAGUGUUAUACAGUCUGAACACUCCCAAAAAUUAUUGUCAGAAAAUAUCAUUAGCAUUUAUUGUUUUAAAUAUGAUAUAUAACACCAUACAGACCUAUUCUUUUUAUAUAGCACAUUUAAAGCUUUUACAUAUGGAAAAAAAGAUAUAAGAAUCAAAUAAAAAAAAUGUAAACAUGCAUAACAAAAGAUCAUUAAUAAAAAAAACAAAAUACAAAAAUAAAGC